AUAAAGGAUCGACGCACAUUCAUUUGAUUAUAUAUAUACCCUGAUUUUGAAAAAUAAAAUCAUUGCACACCUUUAUUAAAUGUCAAAAUGAGACAAAUAUUUUAUAUUGCAUGUAAAUAUCAGUAAUACCAAUUUGAAACAUCUAUAGCUCCAAAAAACAGGUUGGUAUUAAAUUUAAUUUGAUUUCUCGACAAACCUGUAUUUGUAUUCCGAUAGAUGCUUCCAAAUGAUGCCUUAUUUUUUUGUACUUUGAAUUUUCUGUGUAUUUGUGUGUGUCUUGGGGGGGGGGAUAACUUUCGUGACGUAUCUUGAUUAACAGGACCUUCGAAUUUAUGUGCUUCAUGAAAUGUUUAAGUAAUAUUAUAAUAUUUCUUCUCUAAAAGGAUUUGAAUCCCCUCAAAACACAAUCUUUCUCAUUCUGCAGAAAUUUUAGUUUUUGUCAUCUACAUAGAUGCUCAUUAAAACUUACAAAAAUUGAGAUGUUUAAAUUCCUUAAUAUUGUUUUGCGUUAUGUAAGACUUUAACCAGAACACAUUUUUUCUGUUUUGUAACACGACUUUCUUUUUAUAUAUUGAAGUAAGAUUUCUAAAAGUAUUAUUUUAAUAAAUUUUAGUAUAUUUUUAAACAAAGAAAUUUUUGCAAGGUCUUGUUCCUUUAUCUGUAAUUUAAUGGGUAGUUCGUUCACUCAUAGAACACACUACUCAGGAAGAACCAAUAUAAUUAUGUUGUUAACUCUCAGGAAGGUCUCACAAGUGUUGGAAAUAUGUUUGUGUUCAGCGAAAAUCAACUGCUUAACGUAAAAUCUGAUCAAAACAAUUUCAAAUCAUUAUUUUUAUAAAAACAGAUGUAAUGGGUGUGAUCAUAUUAAUACUAAUGUUCAGUGUCGAAUAUCAGAUUGAUGCAACAUCUUCAGAAUGUUCUAGACCAAGGGGUUGUUGCAGAGGAUUUCGUUAUGAUCCCAAUCUGGAGGAAUGUAUUAAAUGUAAAAUCGGGUACGGUGGUCCAGCUUGUUUGUAUCCUUGUCCCUAUCCUGGAUAUGGAUUUGGAUGUCAGAGGACGUGCAAGUGUACAGAAGGAUAUUGCAAUGUGACGGUUGGAUGUCCAUUGGAUUGUGAAAUUAUUCCAAACUGUUCAACAGUUAUUGCAGGUAAUAAAACAUCACCACGUAUGCAGGGCUGGGCCCCCUCCACCUCUUGUAACUGUAGGAGAGGCUUAGUACUGGAGUACUUCUGUGUUAAAGUACUGCUGACCAGAAGCAAUAACCGGAAACAGGGUAUUUAG